AUGGCGGACAUGGGGGCGCGUGACAACUUGCCCUGCUCCACUUCCUGGAGAGAGCUCACACACACCAGCUGGAGGGACGACGAUUACAGGAGGAUGGUGAUGGCGAGCCUGAUCGAGGCGGUGUACCUGCUGGAGCUGGAGAGGCAGGAGCGGCGGGACGCGGCGGAGGUGGCGCAGCAGUGGUGGAAGCCCUUCAGCUACCGCCUCGCGCACGAGCUGGUGGACGAGCGCGACGGCUCCGUCUUCGGCGCCAUCUUCGAGUGGGAGGACCGCCACCUGCUCGACCGCCGCGGGGAGGAGGAGAGGCCCACCGGCGCGCCCAGCGCGGUGAUCGCCUUCCGGGGCACGCUGCUGCGCGCGCCGACCAUCCGGCGGGACGUGGAGGACGAGCUCCGCCUGCUGGCGUGCAACAGCCUCCGCGGCUCCGCCAGGCUCCACGGCGCGCUGCAGGCGCUGAGGGCCACCAUCGACAGGUUCGGGUCCGAGAACGUGUGCCUCUGCGGCCACUCCCUGGGCGCCGGCUUCGCGCGGCAGGUCGGCAGGAUGCUCAUGGCGUCGCGGCAGCAGCAGCAGCCGCAGCCGCCGCAGCAGCAGCAGAACCCCGCCGCGGCGCUCGAGUUCCACCUCUUCAACGCGCCCUACCUGUCGCUGCCCACGGGCGUGCGGAGGGUGGUGAGGACGGCCGACUGCCUGCUCAAGACGGUCCGCACCGGGGUCGCCGCCGUCGGCAGGUGGCACGGCAAGGCGCUCAAGAACGUGGCCUACGCCAACUGCGUGCUCGGCUACACGCGCCUCGACAGCGACGGCAGGAGGUUGUUCGAGUGA